AUGAAGUUCGCCACUGGAUCUAGCGCGUCACUACUCGCCGUCUCGGCGCUGGCGGCGAUUGCCCAAGCCGAAGACGCGCUAUACAGUAAACGUAUGGUGAAGCGAGGCAUUGAUGCGGAUGGAAACUACAACAUCUCAUUCUUCCACAUCAACGACGUGCAUGCCCAUCUUGAUGAGUUCAGCUCUUCAGGAACCGAUUGCACCAGGCCCGAGCGAGGCUGCUACGGUGGCUACGCGCGUGUGAAGACCGUCAUCGAGGAGCAACGCCCCAACUACGAGGACAGUCUUUUCUUGAACGCCGGUGAUGAGUUCCAGGGCACUCUGUUCUACGGCUACUAUGGCGGCGAGAAGAUUGCGGAGACCCUGAACCAGCUCGGAUUUGAUGCUAUGACCCUUGGCAACCAUGAGUUUGAUGGUGGUGAUGCGGCGCUCGGAGAGUUCUUGGUGAACCUCACAUUCCCCAUUGUCAGCGCGAAUGUGCAUUCCGAGGACGAGAACGUCAACAAGACCGUCAAGCCAUACACCAUCUUUGAAGAGCACGGCUUGGCGCUGAUCGGUGUCACUGCGGAGGAGACUGGCAGUCUCAGCAACGCCGAUGUCACUACCGUCUUCUCCAACACCGUCGAGGCCGUUCAAGGCGCAAUCGAUGAGAUCAAGGCCACUACCAACAUCACCAGGAUUGCUGCUCUCACUCACAUUGGCUACGACAAGGAUCAGGAGCUGGCCAAGGCUACCACUGGUCUUCAGCUCAUCAUGGGCGGCCACAGCCACACCCUCCUCGGCGACAUGGAAGAUGCUGAGGGUAAAUACCCGACUAUCGUCGAAAACCAGGAUGGCGACGAGGUCUUUAUUGUCACUGCCUACCGCUGGGGCGAGUACCUCGGCUACAUCGAUGUCACCUACGACCCUCAGGGCAAGAUCCUUGCUUACCAUGGCGCUCCGAUUCACCUCACCAACACUACAGAGCAGGAUGAGGACCUGCAAGAGCAGGUCGAGGAGUGGCGCAUUCCAUUCGAGGAGUUCGCCGCUGAGGUUCUUGGUACCACUGAGGUAGAGCUUGACCAGACUACUUGCCAACAAAAGGAGUGCCUGCUCGGCGACUUUAUGGCCGAUGCUAUGCUCGCCUAUCGCAAGAACAACACUGACGACGUCGACUUUGCUCUCAUUAACGCUGGUGGUAUCCGUGCCACCAUCGACCAGGGUGACAUUACCCGCGGCGAAGUCUUGACUUCCUUCCCUUUCGGCAACGCCAUCGUUCAGGUUGAGAUCGACGGCAAGACUCUCUGGGAGUCUUUGGAAGGUAUCGUAACUGGUGUCAACGUCGGCAAUGGCAGGGAAGUCACCUCCUUCUUCCAGGUCAGCACUGGCAUCAAGGUCGAAUACAACCCCGAGAACGCCAACAACUCCAAGCUUGUCUCUGUCACCAUCGGCGACGAGCCUCUUAACAACGACACUACUUACCAGAUGGUCACCCUUGACUUCAUCGCUGGUGGCGGUGACAACUUCUUCGAGCCAUCGACCGAUUUCAUCACCCUAGACACCCAGGACGAGGUACUCACUUCGUACAUCUUGAGCCAGACACCAGUAAACAUCGAGCUCGACGGACGUAUCGAGGAGGUCGACGGUCAGAGGGAGGACACUCCCGGAGCUGGUAACGGUACCAGCAACGGCACUUCACCCACGACUGGCGCUCCGCCUCAGCAGACUGAGAACGCAGCUGCUCGUCUUGGACAAGGCGCCGUUGGUGUUAGUAUCUUCGGUGUUCUUGCCGGUCUUUUCAUGCUAUGA